UUGGCUCACCCAUAAUUUAAUAAUAUUUAAUACAACUCACAUGAAACCCUUACAAGCGGCUGUGUGUGUUACUUUGCUGUUUCUCGCACUACAGUGACAGACGGGGAUUUUUGUUCCCUUGGAGACGCCGUAGCUGGCGCUCGCGCAGUUUCCGCCCCCCUGCAACCUGAGCAGGAAGUGAGCGGAGCCAACUGACACUAAACUAUCAAAACAAACCUACAGCAUCGUUUUUUCAAACUUGCAGCAUCCCCUGCAGCUGACAGAUCAUAUCAUCAUCAUCAUGGACGGUGUACCGACGCCUCUGCGGUGCUUCAAUGAGUACCAUUCCGCAGAAAUGCUGGUGGAUGACGGGGUGGAGACGGUGACUUCAGUGGAGCAGAAAAAAGUGGAACGCAGCAUUAAAGAAGUCGUCAGUGUUUACAAGCAAAUGCACAGCUUACCACAGCCAACGUUGCUGCGGGAACAACACUACCAAUAUCUCAAGAAGGGCUUACGUCACUUAUCAGAUGCUUAUGAGUGUCUGGAUGCCAGUAGACCGUGGCUGUGCUUCUGGAUUCUUCACAGUCUGGAGUUACUGGAGGAGCCCAUUCCUGCUGCUGUCGCCUCAGAUGUGUGUCAGUUUCUGUCUCGCUGUCAGAGCCCGACGGGGGGGUUCUCCGGGGGUCCGGGCCAACACGCCCACCUGGCCCCGACCUACGCUGCGGUCAACGCCCUCUGCAUCAUCGGCACAGAGGAGUCCUACAAUAUUAUAGACAGGAAGAAGCUCUUAGAUUUCCUACUGUCAGUGAAGCAGCCAAAUGGCUCGUUUGUGAUGCACGUUGGAGGGGAGGUGGAUGUCAG